GACAGGCAUCCGAUUCAAAAACAAAGAAUAAAGAAAAGUAAAAAAGGAGUUAGAAUCUGACAGACAAACCAUUUACUAAACUCUUCAAAGAUCAUUAUCGUUGUUAGCUUUGAGGAAAGAAAGAAAGAAAAAUGGCAGAGCCUCCCUUGCAACAACAAGAGUAUCUCGAUGUUCUUACAAAAUCCGGUGAAAAAACCGGCGUUUCCAAGCCCAGGGGAGAUGUUCACCGAGAUGGGGAUUACCAUCGAGCUGUCCACGUAUGGAUCUUUGCUGAGAGUACUCAAGAAUUGCUUCUCCAAAAACGUGCACACUGCAAGGACUCGUGGCCAGGGUUGUGGGAUAUCUCAAGUGCUGGCCAUAUAUCUGCGGGUGAUUCAUCACUAAUAACAGCGCAGAGGGAGCUUCAUGAAGAACUGGGGGUGGUCCUCCCAAAGGAUGCAUUUGAGUUGAUCUUCAUUUUUCUUGAAGAGUGUGUCAUAAAUGAUGGAAAAUUCAUCAAUAAUGAAUACAGUGAUGUAUACCUAGUAACAACUCUAGAUCCAAUUCCUCUAGAGGCCUUUACACUUCAGGAUACUGAAGUGUCUGAAGUAAAAUAUCUUUCUUAUGAGGAAUAUAGGAGUCGGCUAGCUCAAGAAGAUGCUGAAUAUGUGCCUUAUGACGUAAAUAAACAGUAUGGUCUGCUUUUUGAUAUAAUUAGAAGAAGGUACAAAGAGAACACUGAGGCACGCAGUUUAGCACUACAAAAGCAACUUCAGCGAUAUGCUUCUGUUUCUCUGACUGCAGAGUUGACAGGACUUACGGAUGCUGACAAGGAGGCCUUGGUAUUACUUAUUAAGGCUGCAAAGAUUAUGGAUGAGAUCUUUUAUCUUCAGGUUUGGUACAGCAAUCCAGUUCUAAGAGAAUGGUUAAAGGAGCACGCUGAUGUCUCACAAUUGGACCGCCUGAAAUGGAUGUAUUAUUUAAUUAAUAAGAGUCCAUGGUCCUGCCUUGAUGAAAAUGAGGCAUUUUUAACAACUGCAGAUUCAGCAAUAAAGCUGCUUCCUGAAGCCACAAAGCCAAUUACUGGGUGGAAGGGUCUAGAGUACAAAGCUGCAUUUCCGAUGCUAAAACCUCCUGGUGCAAACUUCUACCCUCCAGACAUGGACAAAAUGGAAUUUAAAUUAUGGAAAGGAAGUCUAAAAGCGGAUCAGCAACAAGAUGCAAUAAGCUUUUUCAGUGUUAUUAAAAGGCACAGUCAAGUAAAUUGGGACUCUUGUCUUUACAAUAAUAUAUUUGAUGGAACAAAUCAUUCAGCAGGUUCUAGUCAUGAUCUUUAUAUCAUUCCUUACUCCCAAGAGUAUCAUUCUUUCCUGACAAGAGCUUCUGAACUGUUGCAUAAAGCUGGGGAUUUGGUCAGAUCACCUAGUUUGAAGAGGUUGCUCCAUAGCAAGGCAGAUGCAUUCCUUUCAAAUGACUAUUAUGACUCAGAUAUAGCUUGGAUGGAAUUGGAUUCUGAGCUGGAUGUCACCAUUGGUCCAUAUGAAACAUAUGAAGAUGCAUUGUUUGGGUUCAAGGCUACAUUUGAAGCAUUUAUUGGAGUUCGGGACAAAAAAGCAACUGCUCAACUUAAAUUGUUUGGUGAUAAUUUGCAGGUUUUGGAACAAAACCUUCCUAUGGAUGAUGCAUACAAAUCAAAGGAUAUCAUUGCUGCUCCAAUUCGUGUUGUUCAGCUUAUUUAUAAUGCAGGGGAUGUGAAGGGUCCUCAGACUAUUGCUUUUAAUUUACCAAAUGAUGAACGUAUAGUAAAAGAUCGAGGAACAGCAAUGGUUAUCCUUAAGAAUGUUUCAGAAGCAAAGUUCGAACAGAUUCUUCAGCCCAUAGCUGAUGCAUGUAUUACAAAGGAACAACAUGAACUUGUAGAUUUUGAGUCUUUCUUCACUCACACAAUCUGCCAUGAGUGCUGCCAUGGAAUUGGGCCUCAUACCAUAAUCCUUCCUGAUGGCCGAAAGUCUACUGUUAGAUUGGAGCUGCAAGAUCUACACUCAGCUCUGGAAGAAGCAAAAGCUGACAUAGUGGGUCUUUGGGCACUGAAAUUUUUAAUCAAGAAGCAUUUACUUCCGAAUAGUUUGACUAAGUCCAUGUAUGUUUCUUUCCUUGCGGGAUGCUUUCGCUCAGUACGAUUUGGCUUAGAGGAAGCUCAUGGAAAAGGACAAGCAUUGCAAUUUAACUGGUUAUUAGAAAAGGAAGCCUUUAUUCUGCAUCCUGAUGAGACAUUUGCCGUUAAUUUUGACAAGGUUGAAGAAGCGGUUGAAAGCUUGAGUAGGACAAUACUUACCAUACAGGCAAAGGGUGACAAAGAGGGUGCAAGUUUGCUUCUUGAGAAAUAUUGCACGAUGACACAGCCAUUGAAAGUUGCAUUGCAAAAGCUGGAAUGCAUUCAAGUGCCUGUGGAUAUUGCUCCUACAUUUCCAGCAGCCCAAAUGUUGUUAGAAUGAAAGACUACUAUUGUAUAGUUUACUACUACCACAAAGGGCCCUGCCGUUUAUGUUUGAAAUUACAAUAAUAAAAUAAUGCUUUUUAGCGGUAGCAUCAUUCCUCAUGUAUACAAUUUGUUGAGGUAUAUUUGAUGUCAGCUGUACGAUUGGGUGAAUCAUCCCUUUACAGAAGUGUAAUUUCUCGAACGUUUCAUGAAGCUGUAAGUUUGAUGAAGUUCCUGGUUUAAGCAUCCAGGAAACCAGUGUGAAUGAUAUGUUGGCUUUAUUAGAGAUUAAACAAAUUGAGCUCUUCUUGCA